AUGACGACUUCUUCGGUAUUUACAGUUCGACAUAUUCUGGGAUUGGACGACCCGGAUAAAACAACGCAAGUAGAAUCCCCCUUUCCACCAUUAACCAAUAUCAGUGAAACCAAUGGUACUGAAAAUCAAAGAACAACAGAAGAAGCAAACUCCAAACAAUUUAAAGCAUUUUCGAUGUUUCCGAAUCCGAAUUUGUUAAUGCUGAGGGCACAAAUGCAGUUGCAACAAAACCACCGGACACUAGCACUUUCAUCGCGACAGGAUGAUCGGCAAAAUCAGACAAAUUUUGUCGUAUUGCAAAAUUUACUUCCGCAUCACCAACCGAAAGAGCAUUUCUACCCGACGCCAGCUAGCAAGCAAGAUCUAGAAGGUGCAGCGCUGGCGGACUUUCAAUGCCAAUCCAAGCGUCGUAUUUUAUUCAACAAAUAUCAAAUUACCGAACUGGAAAAACGAUUUAAAUUACAGCGCUACCUUACAGCCCAGGAACGUGAGGAGUUGGCGAAGACUAUUGGUCUGACUCCCACUCAGGUGAAAAUUUGGUUUCAGAAUCAUCGCUACAAAGUAAAGAGGUCAGGUGAUGAUGCUACUGCAGCUUUUUCAAUGCCGACAAAGUUUCUCCCUUUGAAGAAUACACCACAAUCCAACAGAUUAGCAUUUAAUGGCGAUGGCAACUACAAAGUAGACAGUUUUGAAGGAUCGCUGAACUCAUUCUCUAGGCCAAAAUUAUCUCAGGCGCCAAUAGCAGUACGCAAUUCGCAGCAACAGCAGCAGUGCUAG